UCCAUCGGCGGAUCAAAAUGGAAGAAGAGGAUCCAUUGGAUUUUAUAUUAGGUGAUGGAUCACGGGAAGCUCCACCUAUUGUGCCAGCUGGGAGUUUCCGGGAAUUCCUACACAAACCCCUGGGAGAACAGGAAGCAGGUGAAGGGCUGCUUCAGCGUUGGGAAGCUCAAUGGCAGGAGUUUCUGAAGACGCUGGAAUACCCUCAGGUGGAAUGGGAGACCCCACAGCUGUUGGAAGAGCCCACUCCCUGGGACAACACGAAGGCCUUCCUGGCCUCUUUCGAGCAGGUAGCCGAAGCCUGCCGGUGGCCUAAGGAAGACUGGAUGGCCCGUCUCCUGCCGGCCCUUGGCGGGGAAGCAGAACAGAUCUUUAGCAGCCUGGAUAUCCGAGACAGAGUUGACUAUGACAAGGUGAAGGUGGCCAUCUUGCGAGGGGAUGCCCUCAGCAGGGAGAGGCAGCGGCAGAAUUUCCGGCGUUUCUGCUACCAGGAGGCUGAGGGGCCACGAGGCGUUUACAGCCAACUCCAGAAGCUUUGUCAUCGGUGGCUGAAAGUGGACAGGCACACAAAAGAGCAGAUCCUGGAGCUUUUGAUCCUGGAGCAGUUCCUGGCCAUCCUGCCUCUAGAAAUGCAAAACUGGGUCCGGGAACAAGGACCGGAGACCUGCUCCCAAGCAGUGGGCCUGGCUGAGGAUUUCCUGGAGAGGCAGCAAGUGGGUGAGAAUUGGGAUGUCCAGGAGCUGGGGCCAAUUGAAGAGGUAGCUUUGGAUUUUUCGGAGGAAGAGGAGCCUCCACUGAAUGGUGAGCGAAGGCAGGCUUACAGAGCAGCGGAUCAUAAGGCCGAUGAUGGAGAAGCCAGCUCACUGGGUGAAGGCUGUCUGAGCUCCAGCGAGGAGGAGGCAUACCUGCCAGAAAGUCUGGAUCCGGACCAUCUAAACUGGGCUGCAAAGGGAAAGAGAGCAGAAAGGCAGGCUUCCUUUGUUCGAGAGCAGGAAGACACUUCAGAGGGUUGGUACCAAGCCGAGAAAAAGAAAGGAAAUUGCCCUCCAGAGAGAGCGGAAACUUCUGUCCUUUGGGAAGGUGAUGAGCCCCUCAAUGGGGUGAGGGGACAAAAGAAAAUCCCAGUAGGGCAGAGGAAGGACUCCUGCGAGGUGGAUGGCUGGAGUUCCAGGCAGAGGCCAGGCCUGAUUCAAGAGGACACAGCCUGUCCAAAGGAGAAGCCGUUGAAAUGCUCUGACGGAGGGGUGAACUUCAAGGUGAUCGCUCACUAUAUUUCCCACAAAGGAAGCCAUGGAGCAAGCAAGUCGCAUAGGUGCCCAGACUGUGGGAAAUCCUUUAUUGCUAAGGCGCACCUUAUAAUUCAUCAAAGAACCCAUACUGGAGAGAGGCCUUUUAAAUGCCUAGCCUGUGGGAAAACAUUUGCCCAGAGCUCUAACCUCACGGUCCAUCAAAGGAUCCACACAGGGGCGAAGCCAUUCCAGUGUCCAGAUUGUGGGAAAGGCUUCUGUUCCAGCACCAACCUUGUCAAACAUCAGAGCAUCCAUGCGAAAGGGGCUCCAUAUAAAUGCUCAGCCUGUGAGAAAACCUUCAAGGUGCGUUCUCACUUCCUUGCCCACAAGAAAAUUCAUGCCAAGCAGAAAUCACACAAAUGCCCCGACUGUGGGAAGUGCUUUCUUGCCAAGUCUCAUCUGAUUAUUCACCGCCGAAUUCAUACUGGGGAAAGACCAUACAAGUGCUUGGAGUGUGGGAAAAGCUUCACCCAGAAGGCUCACCUUUCUGUCCAUCGAAACAUCCACAAAAGAGCAAAAUCCCUCCAGUGUUCUGACUGCGGAGAAAGUUUCCGUUCCAGGGUGAACCUCAUCCAGCAUCAGAGAAUGCACACAGGAGAAAGCCCGUAUAAAUGUACAGAGUGUGGUAAAACCUUCCGGUUGAAUUCUCACCUUAUUGCGCAUAAAAGGAGCCACUCAGUCAAGAAGCCACAUAAGUGUUCAUACUGUGGGAAAUCCUUCUUCGCCAAAUCAUACCUCAUCAUCCAUCAGAGAAUCCACACUGGGGAGAGACCAUUUAAAUGCUUAGCCUGUGGAAAAAGCUUUAGCCAGAGCUCACACCUUAAUGUCCAUAAACGAACCCACACGGGGGUGAAGCCAUUCCAGUGCCCAGAGUGUGGGAAAAGCUUUAGUUCUAGCACAAAUCUUAUGAAGCAUCAAAGAAGCCACACUGGAGAGGGCCUGUAUAUAUGCACUGACUGUGGGAAAAGCUUCCGUGUGCACACUCAUCUUAUCGCUCACAAGAAAAUACAUGCAGCAAAGAAACCACACAAGUGCUCCUACUGUGGGAAAUCUUUCUUUGCCAAAUCGUACCUUAUCAUCCACCAGAGAAUCCACACAGGAGAGAGGCCAUACAAAUGUUUGGUGUGCAGCAAAAGCUUCACACAGAGCUCACACCUCACAGUGCAUCAAAGAACCCACGCAGGAAAGAAGCCAUUCCAGUGUUCAGACUGUGGCAAAAGUUUCAAGGUGAGUUCCCACCUUCUUGCUCAUAAGAGAAUCCAUGAAGACAAGAAACCCCACAAAUGCUCCUACUGUAAUAAAUCCUUUGUUUUCAAGUCCUACCUUAUCAUCCAUGAGAGAAUGCACACUGGCGAGAGACCAUUCAAAUGCCUGGCUUGUGGGAAAAGCUUCACUCAGAGUUCACACCUGAAUGUUCAUAAAAGAACCCACGUGGGGAAGAAGCCAUUCCAGUGUCCCAAACGUGGCAAAGGUUUUAAAGUGAAGUCUCAGCUUCUGGCCCACCAGAGAAUCCACCCAGUCAAGAAGCCCCACAAUAAAUGCUUAGACUGUGGGAAAUCCUUCAUUUCCAAAUCAUACCUGAUUAUCCACCAGAGAAUCCACACAGGAGAGAAACCUUACAAGUGUUCAGUUUGUGGGAAAUGCUUCAGCCAAAGUUCACAUCUGAACGUCCAUCAAAGAACCCACAAGGGAGUGAAGCCAUUCCAAUGCCCUGCCUGUGGGGAUAGUUUCAGUUCCAGCAUGAAACUUCUCAAGCACCAGAGACUCCACAUUAAAGGGAACUUUUUCCAGUGCUCAGACUGUGGGAAAUCCUUUGUCGCCAAGUCACAACUUGUGAUCCAUCAGCGAAGCCACACGGGGGAGAGACCGUACAAGUGCUUGGACUGUGGGAAAGGGUUCAGCCAGAGUUCCAACCUGCUCAGACAUCAGCGCAUUCACGCAAGGAAGAACCCCUAUAAAUGUUUGGACUGCGGGAAAAGCUUCUCCUCUGAAGAGAAUCUCCAUAAGCAUAAGAGAACCCACAUGUAGAGGAAAGGGGCAACAGACUCACUUUGUGGGAAAGCCAUCUUAAGCACAGGCCUUUUACCACCAAUCCCAUUUUAUUAGCCAUUAAGAAAAAUAAAAAUAUUACCAGUGCCACAGCCGCUGCUUGGUGUGCAGAAAACUUUGGCUGCAACUCAAGCUCUGCUGCUCCUCCAAGAAUCUGUGAGGGAGGCAGUCCAGAUAAUGUGCUUAGGCCUCAGGGAAACUUUCCACAGAGGCCACGUCAUGUGUCUUUCUGUGUGCUGAAGAACCCAGUGAUGGAACUUUGAACCAACAAGGGAUCCCAAAGGAUGCUGGGGAGUGAUUCAGGUGGCACCCCCCGCCCUCCACACUCCAGCUGAAAGCAGGAACUGUAGCUUGAGCCCAAGAGAGCUUCUUAGCAACGGGCCAGAUUGGAUCUAUAAACACUUCCAGGUCAAAGUCACUUACUGAAUUUCAAGAGAACUCUGUCUCUUUGCUCUUAGGGAGAAAUUCCUUGGUGUUGUACCACCCUCCACUCCACGACUCAACAAAAGCUGCUACAACCUCCUACACAGGUGGAAAGACCUGUAAAGAACCAUGAUUCCAGCAAAAAUGUCCAGGAGAAUUCAAAAGAAAAUGGAUAAGGCCGCAGAGAAGGGGAGCUUAUGGACGGAAAAAACCAUCAACAAAGCCAUAUGAACUCUGAAGGUAGAUAAAGCUUUCGUGGAGGCUCCAGCUUUAGAAAAUAUUGGAAAACCGUACACUCCCUAAGUAAAUGCAUCCCAGCAUUCGGUCUGUUACGUGUCAGAGAAUGCACACCGAGAAGAACUCAUGGGUGUCAAAUGAAAUGAUACCCAUUCGGUGAAGAGGAAAAGAACAAGUCUGUAGACCAAUGUCAGGCUUUUAAGGUAUUCAUGGAUGUCCCUUUUAACCUGCUGUACUUUUUUCUUUUAUCGUGACAUACCAAAGCUCUUUCUAGCUUCAGUAGUGCUGUGUCCCUCCACCCCCAAUAAAUUCACACAAGCACUGCUUGUUGCUUGGGAACAGUCCUUUAAGCAGACAUCGCCUGAGUUUUGAACACCUUCUAAGUGGAAGAAAGAAAAACGAUAAAUAUUUGAGAGGCCCACACAUUUUCCUACCGUGUUUUGUGGCAACUCUCAAAGACUCCGGUUUUGUGAACCUGGCGACCACUCACAGACGGGAAGAGGAACCGUUCUGUCGCAAGAGCUUCGUCCAUAAACUGGCGUUUAAUCGCAGGCAGCUAGAAUCGUCUGCUUGUCUCAGAAAGUCCCUCAGACCAAAAAGGGAAACAGACUGAAGCCAACGCUCCCCAAUCUUCUCUGGCUACAGAACCAGUGCUCCAUGUGACCUAUUUGACUUUGAUCUGCCUCCAUGUACUACCCCAAGCUUCUGGAGGGAUCAUGGCCAAAGACAUUUCUCUCCCCCUGAAGUAAACAUUUCAAAAUGAAUAGGAAAUGGCUGUCUUUGCAUUUCCAGCCUGCUUCCUGCCUGACACUUUCCCAGCUGGCGAUUUCUUCCCCUGCUCCCCACCCCCAGUGGCUUCCCAUUUCCUAUAAACUCUGUUAUGGGACAUGGAGUGUUGUUGCCGCCGUUUCUUGAAUGAAAUCUGUUCUAUUUUCUUUUUGUUGGGUUUCCUUCAUUUACAGACCUGGCAAAGCACUGUAAUGAUUUGUUUUUAUGGACAUUAGUAUAUUUUCCCCUCUGAUUUUUUCCCCCUGAUCUAAAAUUAUACUAUUACUGUUGUUUCGAUGAUGUCUCGUGUUUAGUGCAAAGUGACCUAGCUGCCACUUCACUGGGAAAAAAAUUAUUUGAUUGGCAACUGCUUUCAGACCCCAGAAAUAGUUUCGAGCGACUUACAUUGCCAAAGUUGCAUAAAGGGUCACAAUGCCGCAAAUCUAUGUAGCGUUCCAUACAAGCUCACGUUCUAGUUUCGUUCUCUCAAAAACAAUUGUAACCUGACACAAAAACCAUCUAAAAUCAGCAGCUGGACUAGGUGACUUUAAAAGGAGAUUAGACAAAGGCAGAGAGGACAAACCUCUCAAUGGAAGUACCCUGUUUUGAGUUGUGGAACCUAAAUAGAACCUCCAUGUUCAAAGGCAGUUAACCUGUAUAGUACCAGUUGCUUCUCAGAGGCAUCUA